GGGGGGAGAGAAAUCACCGCCACGAUCGUCACAUCCACCGCAGCUGUUCCUGUGAUGACAAAGUCCCAGUGAAGCAGAAAAUGAUGUCGCAGAAGAAGUUGUUCGUGGUCUGCAUUGCCAUCAGCACUGUCAGUCUUCUGCUGCACCAUGGGGGCCACUUGAGCUGGAAGGCCUUCCACAUCGGUAGCCUUAACCUCUGUUCUCACCCUUCUCCGGCAUUGAAACCUAAACACACCAACGUGGCCUUCCUCAAGACCCACAAAACAGCCAGCACCACCAUGCAGAACAUUGUGUUCCGCUUUGCCGAGCGCAACAACCUGACGGUGGCGUUGCCUGUGCCGUCCUGCAACCACCAGUUCUGCUACCCGACCUCCUUCAAAACUCACUUUGUCCAUCCACACACGCUGCCGCCAAACAUCAUCUCCAGCCACAUGCGCUUCAAUAGGACGGAGGUGCAGUGGCUGAUGCCAAACGACACAUUUUAUAUCACAAUACUGCGAGAGCCGGGCUCCAUGUUUGAAUCCUUAUUCAGUUACUACAACCAAUACUGUGUGAGCUUCAAGAGUGUCCCCAAUGCCUCUCUGGAAGCUUUCUUGGACGACCCCUUGCGUUACUAUCGGCCACUAGAAAAGAGUUCCAUGUAUGCACGCAACACCUUGACCUUUGACUUGGGUGGGGAAAAGGAUCGGCCAUCAACAGAUGUGGCAUAUGCGGAGGCCUUUGUGGCAGAGGUGGAGCGGGUUUUCCCCCUGGUGAUGAUUACAGAAUACUUUGACGAGUCACUGGUUCUUCUUCGCCAUCUCCUCAACUGGGACCUGGAUGACAUAAUCUACGUUAAACUCAACAUGCGGACCCUGAGCUCAAAGCGGAGCCUGACACCAGACCUUUCUGCAAAGAUCCGUGCUUGGAAUUCCUUGGAUGCGCGUCUCUAUGAUCACUUCAAUGCCUCACUGUGGCGCAGGCUGUCAGCUCUGGGUCUGGACUGUGUGGCAAGGGAGGUGCGUCUACUUCAACAGGCACAGGAGCGAUUGAUGAGAAGCUGCUUUGGCAGACGGAUGCCACUUCUCAAGUCAGCAGCACAGAUCGAAAACAAAAGUCUUCGUCCGUGGCAGCCUAGUGCAAAAGUCAACAUUGUGGGGUACGACUUUCCGGUCAAUCUCAGCCAUGGGUUCAUGAGCCAAGCCCAGGAACUGUGCCUCAAACUCAUCUUGCCUGAGUUGCAGUACACAAAGGACUUGUUACACUCCCAAUCACUGCGCUAUCGUCAACGCUACCAGCACCGCACUCCACAGCAGUCACACCCUUUCCAGCAGUCCAUACACACAGUCCUGCCUCGGCAUCCUCAAGUGCGCCAUGGCCAACAGUCUGCUGUAGCUCCAGGUCCUGCCCCAGGAAAUGGGUCCACGUCUACCCCAAAGCCUGCAGCAGAAACUAAAAAUCAAACCACUCAGCCAGGGCCGAAAUCUUCACAACCUGGGAAAUAGAGACUUAGAUAUAUGUGAGUGCCCAACUAUCCUGAUUGUAAGGACAAUGGUUGGCUGUUGUGGGGGGGUCCACACUUUGAUUAAGGAUUGGACUUAUCUGGACUUGAACUUGAAUCAUUUCUCUUUCUGGUCUGUGAGGGUGGGAGAAAUUUGUUUAAAUCUUUGUUAAUUUUCGUGUUUUGUCUUUGAGGACCCUCUUGAAAAGGAGUGGGCGCAUCUCUAGAGGUUUGUCCUCAAAUGAACUGUCAGAUCUACACCAGUACUCGGUGAGGUUGCACACCCAACCAAGGCAGACGGGACCUGGUUUCAGGAGAAAGUGGGGCUUUGAAGCAAAUCUGUUAUGUGCACAUCUGAGACUCAAUAGAGAAGUGGCAAUGUCUGGCCUAUUGUGAGGCACAGAGUGGGCUUUGUGUGGAUUUCACUGGAAUGGUAUCACGUUACUUGCUUUUUUCAGACUCUCUUUUGGUUUCUCUCCCGAACAUAUGCCACUUUAAGUCCUUGAGAGAGACAUAAUGACAUAAAGGGGUCAGCUGUCAUGUCUCCUAAGAGCCUCCCAAGGGGCCAGAGAGACACUGACAUAAGCUCCAGCCAUUAGUACAACAGCACAAUAAACAACUUUUUUCCUCUUCUUCUCUUACAAACUCUAGAUGCUAAAGGAGGGAUUUUAAAAUAGUCUUUAAGGUAAGACUAAAAACCAGCUGGAUACUCAAUUUGGCCAGCCAUUAUGACAGUGGCUCAGAACGAGACUGCUUGUGACUCCUCAGCCUUCACUCAACCUGCCAGAGUUCAUCCCCGCAUCCUUCCUCUUUUGGUCAUGAGUCCAGAAAGCAGCCACUACCCCCACCUUUCCUCCCUGCCAGUAUAUCUGAGACUCCAACCUGCCUCUGAUUACCAGCUCAGAUCACGUCUCACAUUUUGAAGGCAUGGGUGUUUUUCAGUUUUUGAUCUUGGGUAUUACUGCAAUAAGAUCUCCAGGCCUUCAUUCGCUACGAAAGACAUGGAUUUAAUGACCUACCAGCAACCCCCGUGCGUCGUACCGCACACACUGGCACAAAAAAAAAAAAGGAAACGUAAACAAGUUGACAGGACAAAGACUGGAUGCCUGUGGGUCGCUGUAUUUGAAUAUUUAAUCAUCAUGUCUCGCAGCCCUCCUAUGGCCCAUGUGCUUGGGUUACAUGGCCUUACCUUUUCAUUAAGGACAGCUUGGACCCAAUGAAAGCUGCUCAUUCUGAACCCGGGAGAAGCGAUGGCUGAAAGUGCAGGAGGUUUCAUGUCUUGUUGUGACUGUUUUUUUUCCCAGCUGGUUUGGUGGCGAUCUCGAUUUUUAUGCCUUCUGCUCAUAAUUAAUGUGUAAUUUAUGUGUUUGAAUUAAUAGACCUAUUUUCUCAAUGCGGAAAGUAGGGUUAGGGUCCGACUUCCUAUUUUUGUGCAGCACUUCUGGUACUUGUGCAUUAACUCGAAGGAGGAGAACGUUUCAGAGUUAUUGUCCUGCUGCCUGCUGAGUGGAAAUGCCAAACCGGAAGUCUCACACAAAAAUAAUGUCUGCUUUCUUGUAUCUGUGGAAAAUAAGGUCUAUGGGAGGGAGAAUAUGUGGGUGUAUUUGUGUGAGUGUGUGUGUGUGUGUGUGAGAGAGAGAGAGAGAAAAAUAUCUUUUUUUUCAUUUGGUGGCAUGGCAACUAAUGAAAAUCAUGUAUGUAAGAGUGGUUAAAAUUAUUCAUAAUUAUUUAUUAUCGGUAACUGUAUUUCUAAUUUCUCAUGAAUCAUUGGAUUAAAAAAAACCCCUGUGCUUUGCCAUCGAGUAAGUGCACCAUCAUAGAUAGGUUCAGCACACGACCAAAGCACCACCAGCGGUGGAACAGCGGCAAGUGCUAUAAAAUAUUCAUUGUAUGUACGUUUUGCAUAAUGCAAAACUACAAAGACCACUUCUGGAACCCGCACAUCGAGACGAGGGUUGUGGAUUUCAAAUUAAUCUUUCAUUCUGCCGCGCUCAAGCGCGCGCAAACCGCACCACGCCUUUGUGGUCGGAGGCCGCCGCCGCGCUGUGCAAUGAUGGAAAAAAACCCACGAAACCACAGACCUGAGAUGACACACGCCGUUUCAGACGUGUCCUCAUGUGAACCUCAGCUUUAAAAGCACGAGAUUGCACAGUAUGGCUUUUAUUUAUUUACCCGAGACUAGUGUACUUUUCCUUCUCCGCCGUGUUUCACUCAAGUCCACUGUCAAAUGUGAAAACUGUUGUAGCAUCAAGUAAAACUGCUGAACCGCUUGAAUCCCACGUGAAUCUGCUGUGAAAUAGGAAAACACUGUAUUUUUCCACGAAGCUUGUACACUACUUUAUAAACGAGACGUUGUGAAAUGAAUAUGGCUUAGCUUCCCCUUUUGCUGUUUAUUUCAUAUUGCCUCCACAAUCUUUUGGAGUACAUCACUUAUGAUGUUUUCUUCUGCUUUGCAAAAGCACCCUUUUCUUUGGAAUAAUAAUAUUAAUAAAAAAAGGACCAGAAAUAAACUGAAAAUAAUGUUCUGUAACCUUUGUAACCUGCUUUGAAGUCAAAUUAAUUUAUUUCAUAUUGAAUUCUUUGGGUCUCCGUGCGCACAAACCUGCAACUGAUGAACAACCUUUUACCUAAUUCUUAUUGAGCGCAGCUGAGAUAUGAUAUGAUAUGAGGUACUGCUGUCAUUACUGGAGUGUACAGUAAUAAACUGAUGCUCAAAUGCAUUCAUGUAGUAAAUAGGCGCGCGGCAACAAUUGCUAAUGCUUCUUCUUCCAUGUCUGUGUCUGACUGUGUGAACGAUGAAGGGAAUGUGUCUUUAUGUCCUGCUGUCUCCUCAUUUUAUAUUUUAUUUUAUUUUUUUACGAUGCCUUUCUCCGUGGUGUUUUGGUUUUUAAGAGUUGUUCGCCCCAGCUGUGAGGGACUUUAUGUGAUGGUCAUGCUGUCGCGGCGAAGAAGUGGAAAAAUCACUAAAUUUUAUUCUUUCAGAGCGACAUAACAAGGCUGUGGUUUUUUGCUUUUUAAAAAGAAAUGGGCUUCUGUCUUGUGGUGUCGGAACUGUUUUUUUUUUGUUCUUUUGUUUUUUUGUUGUUUGGUUCUCAAACUGUGGUACAUGUACCACCAUUGGUGCGUGAGCUUUGGAAUUCAUGGAAAUAUGAAAGAAAUCGUGUUUUUAAAUUUAAAAUGAAAAUUUAUAACCGAGUGUACACUGUACACUCCUUGAUUCCUCUGUUUCUUUGCUUAUCUGUGAAAUGUUUUUUUUGGUUUUCGGGCUCAGAACAUGUGACUAGUGACAAUCAGAGCUAAGGGGCCGCAUAGCUUUAUGAAGAUAAGUUGUGAACGUGACAAAUAAAGUUUGAAUGUUUUCAUCUCA